CCAGUGGCUUCUUCCUUAUUUUCGGAGAAACAAACGACCUGCCGGUCGUGUUCACCUCCAGGAACACCGAUUCCCGUCCGGAAAGUGCUUAAUCAAUUGACAAUCGUACCGUGAAGGCGGUGAACGGCGAAAGUCAAGGUGCUUCUUCCGGUUUCGGCGGCGCGGGGCCGGUUCAUGGUCUUCAGUUUUCAGUUGCAGACACCAUAUUGUUGAAUUGGGACCAAGUUUGUUCGUUCGUGUACUAAUAACAAAAUGGGGGGCGGGGACGACAGCCCCAACAGCGGGAACAAGUGGACGCCGAACCGAGGCCACCACCGGAAAGAGGCGGAGGAGGAGGAGGUGAGCCUCUGGGGAGUCCUGGCGUUCGGUCUUAUUGGCGCCACCGCCACCACUCUCGCGGCCACGAAGCUUCGGCGAACUAUCGAUUGGGUCUACUCUCAGUUUAACAGGACUCGAUCUUCAGCAGAGUCCUUUCGAACAUCUUUCCAAGAGGGAGCAUGGAAGAGGUACAAUCGGCGAAUGCAGGAGGAGUAUGAAGAAGAAAUGGAGAGAGUGGAGCGUAUAAAGCGUAUGCAGAGUGUGUUUAACAGGGAAAGAAACAAAUACAAGAGGGGUUAUGAGAGCUGGAGGGAAACUGGUCCAGGUGCAUAUCAACAACAGUUCCAGCGGGAUGAUUGGUACUGGAAGGCUGACAAUUCCUUCAAAGAUUAUAGGACCCACUCUCGUGGACCUCCAAGAGACGGUCGAAGCCAUCAUCCACUAUCACACCAUUACUUGGUGUUGGGUCUUGACAGGUCUAGGACAACUCCUUACACAGAUGCCGAGAUUAAGACAGCAUUUAGGGCCAAGGCUAUGGAAUUCCACCCUGAUCAGAACCAGGAUAAUAAAGAAGCUGCUGAGGCAAAGUUCAAGGAGGUGCUUAAGUCAUACGAGGCUAUCAAGCAAGAAAGGAAGACCGGGAAGUAGUGCAUGUGCUAAACAUUGCUUUUCAGGAUUGUGCUAAAUGCACAAGAGCGAGGUGUGCUCAGGAGGCAUUCUCCUGCACAUUCCUAGAAAUGCAGAGGCCUUGGGGGUGUGGUAAAUUCUACUUUUUGCCAUAUCAUUGAAGAUUUUCUCGGGUCUAAGCUGCUGAUGCGAAGAUUCGUCAUUUGAAUAAGGUAUACUACAGCUUUAAUAUCAUUAGUCCAGGAAGAGUAUGUAUAUAAAGAGCAAUAAUGGUUCGAUGCUGACAUUGAAGUCGUGGCCUGAGAGUUGUCUUUAGCACUGGGUUGAUGUAUAGUAGGUUCUCUUCAGUACAUUACCUCAUUCUGCGGACAAGGGGGGAGAGUUCAGAGGUUGGAUCCGAUUCUUUAUAUAUUUCUUUUUCUUUUUCUUUUUUGCCUUUCCAUAUAAGCAGUUGUACAAUAAGGAUACGAAGCGAAAGGAAGAAAAUUUUCCGAGCUUGUUAUUUUGCUGUGUCUCGGGAAAUUUCCCGUAUAAUCUCGAAGUUUGAGCUGA